ACUUUGUCGAUAUAAUUCCGAUGUAACAGCUUCCGCUUCACCACUUCCUGUAAAAUGGCUGGAAAGUCGAAGAAGAAAACACGUGUUUCCAAACUGGAAACCGAGCCAGUGGCUGUGCCAAAAAAACUCAAAGAAAAAUUAACAUUAGACACAAUUGUUUCACUUGGUGGCAAUAAGAAUGACCUGCAGCUAGUAGCAGAGUUGGAGGACAAUGAAGAGGACAUUGAGGGCUUUGAGGAGGACUUUGACACAGAACCAGUCAAACAUGAUGAGAUCCGUAAUCUCAUCAAGAAACUUGAACUACACAAGUACAGAGAGCAAAGCAUCAUUCCUGAUGAAGACGACGCGGAUGAUGAAGAUGUGUCAUCUCCGAAAGAUGAAGACAAGGAAGAAACUGUGACUCUAGAGGAACAGACGCAGGCCAUUUCCAGUUCAACAAAAAAGAAAAAGAAGAAAAAUAAGUUCAAAGUCCAGGAUGAUGAAAUUUCAAGUUCAACUGAUCCCGUGAUGGCGGACUACAGCUCACUCAGGAGCAUCAGGGUGGACUGGGAUAAGCACAUCGCAACCUACAAACCUCGCAAGUACCUCGUCCUCAAGGGGGCAGAGAGAUGGUAUGAUGAGGAUGAGACCGUCAACAUCGGCCAGACCCCCGAGUCUGCAGUACAGCAGAUGGAGGACUUUGCAUCCAAGCUGUUGGCUGAUGAGGUGGCUCUCUACACAAAACAACGUGAAAACAGCAAACGAUCCGACACAAAGUGGAUGAAGACAGUGCUGGCGUCCGGCACAUUGUCGGACAAGAUGGCCGCCCUCACCCUCCUGGCUGGGGAGUCCCCAGUACACAAUCUCACCAGCAUGGAGAGUCUGGUCAACAUGGCCAAGAAGAAAGGCAAAAGGGAAGCAAUGGCUGCAGUUGAUGCAUUGAGGGAUCUGUUCCUGUCUGACCUGUUGCCAAGCCACAGAAAACUGAAAAGUUUUCAUCAGCAAUCUUUACCCGGACUUGAAAGAUUUGCCAGUGGAAACAAGGACACCAUUGACAAGAUACUCAUGCUGUGGCGUUUUGAAGAUCAACUGAAGGAGAAAUAUGCUGCAUUUAUCAAAGCUGUUGAUACGAUGUCACACGAUAUAUUGACAGCACCCAAACAGAAAGCUUUAAGUACAAUAUACCAGCUGUUGACCAGCAAGCCGGAGGGGGAGAAGGAGCUGCUGCCUAUGAUGGCAAACAAGCUGGGAGAUCCCGACUACAAGAUUGCCGCCAAGGCUUCUCACCUCCUCACCAAACUGGUGAGUCAGCACCCCAACAUGAACUCCGUGGUGGUGAACGCCGUGGAGGUGAUCCUGUACAGACCAAACAUCUCCGCAAGGGCGCAAUACUAUGCGAUGUGUUUCCUCAACCAGAUCGUCCUGGAUGCAGAGGAUGAAGAGCUGGCCUCGCAACUCAUCAAGAUAUACUUCUCCUUCUUCAGGGCGUUUGUCCAGAAAGGGGAGAUUGACAGCAAGAUGAUGAGCGCCCUGCUGACGGGAGUCCACCGGGCCUUCCCAUACGCUAGAGGUGAGAAGAGUUCCCUGAAUGAGCAGCUGGACAGCCUGUACAAGAUCGUCCACCUGGUCAACUUCAACACCAGUGUCCAGGCUCUCAUGCUGCUUCAUCACGUCACAGACUCCAGUGAGGCACUGAGUGACAGGUUCUAUGUGGCGCUGUACAAGAAGCUGGCUGCCCCGGCCCUGAAGACAUCCUCCAAACAAGCCAUGUUCCUCAAUCUCAUCUUCAAGACACUGCGCACGGACACGUCGCAGAAAAGAAUCAAGGCUUUCAUCAAGAGGAUGCUCCAGGUCUGCUCCUACCACAGCCCCCAGUUUGUGUGUGGCGUGCUCUUCAUGCUGUCCGAGGUCAUUAAAAAAAGACCUGAUAUCAUCAACUUUACACAGACUUUUGAGGACUCCGAUGACGAGGAGCAUUUUGUGGACCUGCCAGAGGAAGAUGAGGAGUCGUCACAUGCAGCAGAGGAUGGGGAGGAGAAACCAGACAUCAAGGUGGAGGUCAAGAAGAAGGUCAAGUCCUCCUGGGUUCAUCGGAGAAACAAGCAGGAAAAGAUGACACUGGGGACGUACGACCCGUUCCACCGAAACCCGAUGUACUGUGGCGCUGACCAGGCGUGUGUCUGGGAACUGGAGAAGCUCGCCAACCACUUCCACCCCUCUGUGGCUCUGUUUGCCAAAGCACUGCUGCAGAAAUCCCCGAUUGUCUACACAAGCGACCCCCUGCAGGACUUUACCCUCAUCAAGUUUCUCAACAGAUUUGUGUACAAGAACCCCAAGAAGCUGGACCCAGUGUCCAAGAGUGUCAUGAGUGCCAAGCAGUCUGUUCCGAAAAACCAGGUUCCUGUGACCAGCGACAGUUUCAUAGACAGAGACGAGAGCAGCAUCCCAGAAGACGAGAAGUACUUGUACAAGUACUUCAGCCAGAAGUCUGUGAGGGACAAGUUGAAAGGGAAGGAUGACGGCAGCGAUGUGGACAGUGUCAGUGAUGGGGAGUUUGAUGAAUAUCUGGAUAAGUUCGAGACAGGGGCUGACGAAGGGGAGGACUUCGGGGACCUUGACCUUGACUUUGCCAGGGAGUUUGGCAAAAAGAAGAGUAAAAGUAAGAAAGAGAGUAAGACUGCAGGAGAUGAUGAUGGAGACAGUGAUGAAGAUUUUGAUGAUGCUGCUGAUGAUGAUCUGUCAGAUGAAGAGAUGGAUUUUGGUGAUGACGAUGACUUGGCUGCUGAGUUUAAGGCGGAGAUGGAAGAUGCGAUGGGAGAUGAUGAAGACGGAGAGUUUGAUGAAGAGGAAAUAGAAUUCUCAGAUGAAGAUGGCUUGGAAGGAGUGUCUGGUCGAAAGAGAGGGGCAGAUCUUGGGGAGGACGACUUUAUGCCCACACAGCGAAAACGAAAGAAGGACAAAUCCAAACACGACACUGGGAGUCUGUUCGCGGCGGCGGAGGAGUUCUCCCACCUGCUGGAGGGCGACACCGUCGGGGGUCAGGCCAUGCUGGCAGGGGGCACCCAGGACAUGUCCAACACAGACAACUCAAGUGUCAAGCAGCUCAAGUGGGAGGCACGGCGGGACCAGUGGAUCAGGGGGGACUCCUGGAAGUCGCGGCGCGGACAGAAGGGGGGCAAGGGCAGCUUCAAGCACAAGGGCAGCUUCAAACCUAAAGGGGGAUUCAAGCCUAAGGGUGGGAAGAAGAAAUCAGGGAAAAAGUAGUGAUCAGUCUCACUGCCAUUGUUGCCAUUUUGGACAGGGCAUUAUCAUUGGAGUGUAGGUCAGACACAACUUGUCACACAGAUCGUAGUUGUGUAAGAUGCAUGUAUGUGUACAAAACACUUUGUAAUGUCAAUAAAGUGAUGUAUAUUAUCA